AACAUAAAAAUAAGCAAGAAGGAGAUGUAAAAUAACGGUUAAUUUAGUAACCCUAAUAGCCCAUUAUAUGUCCCUAAUUAUGAGGAAGGUGGUUAAUUACCCGUUAUAAAUCCCAUUCAAGAAUAACCUCCACUCCCACGUUCAUAUCUUUCUCUCUCUGACACACGCACUCACACACCGCUAUUCAUAAGCUUUUUUUGAGUUUGUUAAGGUUUUCUACUGACAUUCAAGGCUAGUAGUUAAAAGACACAAUCUUUCUCAGGUAAUCCCUUCUUCAUCAAUGGCGUUGAGCUACUACUCCAACUGGACCUCUUUUCAGCAGCCAGACUACUCCGGCGAUGAUCCAGAGCUCCAAUCUCUGCUGAACCCGGACGACUAUUUCGCCGACUCCUUCUGCAACUCUCUUCUCUGCGACGAUCUCACUUAUCAUGCUAAUGGACUUCCCUUGGAAUUGGAUAAUCUCACAACUGCAACCCAACCCCCACCCUUUCUUUUGCCGCACCAACAACCCUUGUUCCACUUCCCCAAACGCCACAAGCUCUACGAUUACUCGCUGCCGGAAUUUGUCUUGCCGCCGCCGUUGCCUCAGUUCCCUGCCGCGGAUUUCAGCUGUGAGAGCGCCAAGAACGAAACGAGCUUAUCCGCGCAGAGCAUCGCAGCCAGGCAGAGGCGGCGGAAGGUCACAGUGAAGACGCAGGAACUCGGGAAGCUGGUUCCCGGCGGGCAGAGGAUGAACACGGCGGAGAUGCUGCAAUCCGCCUACAACUACGUCAAGUUCUUGCAGGCGCAAGUUGCUCUCCUUGAAUUCCUUGGUUCGCAUCAUCAGGAGGUACCAUUCGAAGGUGAAGAAGAGCUCCAGAAUCUUCAAGAAUCUCCUUUGAUUCAAGAAAAGCUAUACUCCACUCAACAUUGCUUGCUUCCAAACAAGUUGGCGGAACAAGUUCCAUUACUCAAAUCCAAUCCACAUUUGCUGGAAAAGGAUCAUUGAAGCCUAGCUAGUUCUAAUUGUUUUAGUUUAGGCUAAUCUUGAUUGUUUUAGUUUAGGCUGAUCUUGACUUCUAUGUUGUUUAGUUUCAU